UACAAAGCCCGGCGCGGCGACAGGCAGGCAGCGGCCGCCUCUGUUCCCCGGCACCCUGCGGGAGGUCAUUGCAUAAGCGGGGCUGCAGCCAGGGCUCUUCGCAGGCAGCGGUUCCCGGUGCAUGGGGGACAAAGCGACAGCUGCUGUCGCCCCCGCUGCCUGCUGCUGCGUCGGGGGGCCCGCCUAGCUCUGCCCCCAGCUGCGUGUGGUGAGGAGGAGGAUGAUCCCGGCCCAGGGUGUCUCACGCCUCUUCUGAGCCCCUGAGGCGUUUGCUUCCGGCCGCCCGUGGCAUUUUGGAUGCUUUUUGCAGCGGCCGCCGCCCCUCGCCUCGCCCCGCGCCCGCAGCGCCAUGCACACCGUGCAGAAGGACACUACCUUCACCAAGAUCUUCGUCGGGGGGCUGCCCUACCACACCACCGACUCCUCCCUGAGGAAGUACUUCGAGGUGUUCGGGGACAUCGAGGAAGCGGUGGUGAUCACCGACCGGCAGACGGGCAAAUCCCGGGGAUAUGGUUUUGUGACCAUGGCAGACAGAGCUGCAGCUGAGAGAGCGUGCAAAGAUCCCAACCCCAUCAUUGACGGCAGAAAAGCAAAUGUGAAUCUGGCAUAUCUGGGAGCCAAACCAAGGAGUAUUCAAACUGGUUUUACCAUAGGUGUGCAGCAGCUACAUCCAGCCUUUAUUCAGAGACCAUAUGGGCUCACCCCUCACUAUAUUUACCCUCAAGCUAUCAUUCAGCCUAGCGUGGUCAUCCCAACCCCUGUGCAGUCUAUCACGUCUCCCUACAUAGACUACACCUCUGCGAGCCAAGCCUACACUCAGUACACCACCGCUGCCUACGACCAGUAUCCCUACGCCACCUCUCCUGCUGCUGGGUUUGUGGGAUACGGCUACACGAGCGCAGUUCAGCAGCCCAUCACAGCUAGCAAUCCGGCAGCGCACACCACGGCUUUUGUUCAAUAUCAGCCCCAACAGCUGCAGCCUGACCGAAUGCAAUAAGGGCCCUGCUCAUGCGUUUGCCAUGUAGGACAAUCUUUUUACAGUGGACGGAUACAAACAAAAAAAAGCAGAAAACAAAACCACCCAACCUUACUAGGUGCAUAUGAAUACCUAAGCUAUUUAUAGUGUUAAGGACAAACCUAAACCCUUGCUGUCUGACGAUGCUCAUGGAAAAGGACUUCUGGUAAGUUUUCUUUCAAUCAAGGCAAAUAUUGUCUUGAAGAUGGACUUAAAUUGACUGAAAUGUUAAAAGGAAAACUACAGUUUCUAGCACACUUAGUGAUCUGCUUCCAUUGCCUGUCAUCUUCUCACUCCCCCUCCUUCUCCCUUCCCCCAUCCAUCAGUUGUUUCCUACUCCCCUUCCCCUCCCCAAAUCAAAUCUGCAAUCCUCUCAUUUACUGUCAAGGUACACAAGGUACUCGGAGAACAUGGAUUAAAAAGCAAUCGUAUUUUUUUUGGUUGUACAAAAACUUUGUAAUACUCAGAUGCCUUACAGAAAAAAAAACUAUUUUUUAAUAUUUAUUGCGAUUUUAUUCGCAUGAGCUGUGAAUUGCAGACAGAAGAAUAGUAGUAAGUAUCUGCCUUGUUUAAUUCUCAUUUUACUAAAUUAUUGUAUGUAGGUGAAAGUUCUUAAGUAAUUGCUGAAUCACUUCAACAUGCAAAAGGGAAUAUUGGCUUUAAGGAAAGCAGAAUAUUCCUUUAGUCAACGCACUGUAAUAUUUUCUUAUUGUAAUUCUUACUCUUAAGAUUAUCUCAGACUUAGGUAUAUUUUUAAAACGCAAAAAAAAAAAAUAAUCAAACAAAGCCCCCACCUCCACCUGGAAUACUGAACAUAUUGUCUACUAUGAUAGAUCUUUUGUUAUAAUGCUGCAACUUACGGAGGAAUGGACAGUAUUUAUGUAAAAGUUAGACAAGUUUCAGGCUGUUGGCUGGCAAAGCUUAGGAGAAUGUCAGGAAUGGAUUAAAACCUCUUUUUACAUAUUUGAACAAAUGGGUAAAUGUAACAUUUUUAUGCCUAUGGUACAACAGCCAAAUAAAGAGACAACAGACCACAAAGGAUAAGUGCAUCUUUACAAGGAGGACAAUAAUUUUUUUUUAAACAACUCAAUAUUAUGUUGUAUGCUCCAGCCAAAUAAAUAUGGUAUUAAAAAGACACAUGAAAUUA